AUGCAUCGAUGGCCUAUGUCUUUUCGUCUUUUUUCUGUUUCUUCGCGCGCCUCGGCAUCUACAGCGGAAUCACAGCUAAUGGCAUUACUUUCACAGCCUAAAUUAGAAGUGGAGCCGAUAUUUUCGCUAUAUUCGACCAUCUCUGAGCCUUUACUGUUUCCAUCAAUGACGCUUUCCGUUUUAAGGUUGGCAAUUCAAGAGCAAAAAUAUUCAAUUUCAAAGCACAUAAUUUCAUACGCAUCUGCUUCACUUUAUUCGAUGCUAUCGGUUGCAGAUUAUGAGCGUCUGAUGGUUGAAGCGGACAAAAAUGGCGACCAUUUGGGCCAGCAGAACAUUUUUGAAAUGAUCGAGUGCUCUCCCAACUGCCCGCCCACAGUUACCAUUCUUAAUUCGUUUCUUUCAGGGGGCUUGACCCAUCAUACCAAUUCUCAAGAUAAGCUUUCCAGCACCAAGGUAGAUGAAUGGAUCAUCCGUAUCCUACGGCUCUUUAAAGCAAAUUCUCUGCAUCCAAAUAGCGCCACCAUAGAAAUAAUAUUGACUCACUGCAUUCUCAAUGGCGAUUGGAAAACAGUCGUGUCGUUACUUGAGCCCUCGUUGGGGCUUUUGCAACAUGUUGGCCAGUCAACUGAAUUCAUUCAGUUUUUGUUGUACGAACUCGGUGCAGCAGGGCUUCCAAAGCUUGUUGUCUCCACGUGGAGGCUCUUUUGUCCCUCUGAUGAGACGCUAUUUCACUUGAUUGCGCUAGAUGCACUCAUUUCCUCGAAUGAUGCCGCCAUUGUUAAGGAUGUCAGUGAAGUCUUCAAUACCCUGUUGACUGUGAUACGAUUGCCCAAAAGCUCGCCCGUGCACGGUGCAACGCUGGCCUCCUUUGGAAGUCGUGUGUGUUCCCUGCUUUUGAGGGGUGCUCGUAUCGACCUCCUUCUGUCGCAUGUUGUCACCAUGAAAAAAAAUUCCAUCGAAGUUGGGCCGCUUCUUUUUUUCAGGAUUUUUGAUGGUAUUCUUUCGCAAGCCAGCUCUCCUGAGCAAGGGUUCGAGCAUCUCGCUGCUUUUGUUGCGGGACUUGUGCAAGAGCUUGGCCCGGAAUCGCUAAGCCCAGAUCUCAGGGCAGCACUCAUAAAAAUUGCAUCCCGACAUCAUGUUCCCUCCUCAUUUAUGGACCAACUCGAGCGUCUCGAAAAGGCAACCACCACAGCAAACACAUUGAGCCAAUAA